CCCUUCGUGAGUGGCCAGCGGCGUUCCAGUGUGUGUGUGUCACCCACGACACGACGCCUCCCCUAAACCUCCGCGUCGCCAUUCCCCCCUCCAGCCCGCCGCGAUGGCCGGAGGCGGCGGCAAGCCGUUCGGGGACAACGUGUUCGCCGGCCACGCGGCCGCCGGCGCCGCGGCGAUCAGCGCCUCCGCGGUCGCCGUCCACCCCCUCGACACCGUCAAGAGCCUCCUCCAGUUGAGCGCGGCGGGGCAGAAGCAGAAGAUGGAGAUCCGCCAUGCGGUGGACCGGCUCAUGCACGUCUCCGGCCCUGCAGGUCUUUACAGUGGCAUUGGAUGGUCAAUAUUAGGUAAACUGCCUGGUUUGGGAGCGCGUUUUGGGACCUAUGAGCUUUUAACAGCCUUCUAUAAAGAUGGCAGGGAGGACAACCAUGUUAAUUAUUCUGAGGCAAUGUUGGCUGGCAUAACUGCUGGUGCUGUAGAGGCAUUUGUGUGCACACCAUUUGAACUUCUCAAACUUCGGUCCCAAGUUGGUUCUGCCAUACCUAUGAAAGCUACGAACCCUGCUAAUGUUGUACAGGAGUCGUUUCCACUGCUUUCCAAGCUAUUACCUGGUCAUGUCCCUGACAUGAGAGUAUGGAAUGGCAGUGUCAGUCUGUUGUCCAAUCUUUCCCCAAAGCAUCCUGACAUGAUGGGUGCCCUGAAACAGCACCCAUGGAUGCUGACUGGCUCUGGGAAGCCCCCGUUACCCUCUGAUGUUCAGGUGCCUUCGAGAGUGAUAGCACUUGAAGGAUGGGGUGCUUUAUGGAGAGGACUUAGGCCAGGGGUAGCCCGAGACUGUGUCUUUAGUGGAAUGUUCUUUUCUUGUUGGCAAUUCAUACAUACAGCGAUGCUUACUUGGCAGUCUGUUAACAUGAACCCUGAACCCAGGAAUUUAGAAGAAGCAGGUCCUGUACCCCCUUUAGCUUCUAGUCUUGCUGCAGGCUUCUCUGGAGUUGUAGCAGCUGCUGCUUCACAUACUUUUGAUACUGCCAAAAGUCGUUCACAGUGCACUGUGAUACCUAAGUAUAUAGCAAUGGAGAGGAGGUUUCUUAAAUGGAGAGCACCAGGAAUGUGGAUAGAGAGAGUGACGGGAACAUCACCUGCUGAUAGGAAUGUUCUAUUUCGUGGCAUUGGACUACGGAUGGCGCGCAGUGGAAUCGCAUCUUUUGUACUUGUUGGGUCCUACUAUUUAGCCGUAGAUCAGCUCUUGUAGAUGGCAGUCAGAGAAAUCAUUAAUGAAAUUCAAACACCUAAACUAUGUGGUACCUUUUUCGUCUGAACAACCAGAGAAGAGGUAACUAUGUGGUAACUUUUUCGUCUCUUCCAGUCUUAAUUGGAGUUGAGUGCUCCAGGAUAGAAUUUUGGUUACUAAUGUAAAUGUUUAUAACAAACAGAAUUGAAGGUUCGCCUUUGGUUUUGUUGCUUGUGUUGAAGAGAUAUUAAGUGUUUUUAUAUGGAAAA